AGGUUGGUCCUGGAGCAGAUGAGCGCAGAAUAUUUAGGCGAAAGCGCGAGGAGGGGGGGAGCGCGGGACAGGAGGAGUAUCUCGGCCAAGAAAAUUAUGCAUGCGUUAGGGAAGCUCUGAGAGAAUGGCUGUGGAAGCUCUCCACUGCGGUUUGAACCCACGGGGUAUUGAUCACCCUGCCUGUGCCGAAGGUAUUAAACUGCAAAUUGAAGGUGAAGGCAUUGAAUCUCAAUCCAUUAAAAACAAAAACUUCCAGAAGGUGCUUGACCAAAAAGGAACCCCCAAGCGACUGCAGGCAGAAGCCGAGACAGCUAAGUCGGCUACGGUGAAGCUGUCAAAACCAGUGGCUCUGUGGACUCAGCAGGAUGUCUGCAAGUGGUUGAAGAAACAUUGUCCAAAUCAGUAUCAGAUCUACAGCGAGUCGUUCAAACAGCAUGACAUAACUGGGCGCGCCCUGCUGAGACUUACAGACAAAAAGCUCGAGCGAAUGGGGAUUGCCCAGGAGAACCUCCGGCAGCACAUCCUACAACAGGUGCUCCAGCUGAAGGUGCGAGAAGAAGUCAGAAACCUACAGUUACUCACACAAGGUUAUUUGGUUUUCUUCAAGCUUCAUCUUGGACCCACCAUGUUUCACCAAGCUUGAGACUUGUGAAGUUAUUUAUAAGAUCUAAAGCUAAAUACUGGAGUUCUCUGGUAGCCUAGCAGUUAAGGAUUCAGUGUUGUCCCUGCUGUGGCUUGGGUUCAGUCCCCGGCCCAGGACCUUCUGCAUGCUGUGGGCAUGGCCAAAAAGAAAAAUUUAAUUUAAAAAUAAAACAAUAUAAAGCUGAAUAUUUGACUGCCACUUCUUAAGAGGAACUCCAUCUUCAAAGGAUGAAGUCUUGUCCCCACUGGAGGCAUUCAAAAAAAAAAAAAACCUGCUGCACACUUGGAAAUCAACGCCAAACAAAUGAAUAAAUGAAACAGAUGAAUGAAUUCUAAAGAUUUUUCUCUCAUGGAAACAGCAUUCCUGUGGAUGAAGAACUUAUGCACAUAUCCCAUCAGUUAUAUCAGUUUGUAAUCAGACCUCCACUUUAGAUACACCCAUCUCAAAGCUCCUUCCACCAUGUUUCUAGAGGCAAUAAUCUAAUAGAUAAUCAAGCCUAAUUUUCCAAUUUUUGAUUCAUGUUUUAAAACUUGUCUCAUGCUUUUCAUUCUACACCAGUCAUUUUCACUCAGUCGGCUAGGAGCCCCAUGAUAGCAAUAGGCCCAAGACUGUUACAAGUGGCCGGGGGGGGGGGGGUGCUCCAGCCAGCCACUAUGGGUUAUUGGAACACAGGGAAGAUGGAGUCUCUGCCCUCCUUUUUCUUGCAAUCCUCCUUCUGGAGACCAACCAAAGACAAAAACUAUAAAGUAUUUAAAAAAUAUGUGUAGCAGAUCCAUAGUAAAUACAUCAGUUUAGAGACACCAUCAAUGAUUCAUGACAAAAAUUCCUGAAAUGGCUCGUUAUCUAAAGCCAGAAUGAUCCUUCAGCUAAAAUACCAGCCCCUGAUUUCCAUGUCUCUAUUCACAAGGGCCCUAUAAUUACUGGACAUUUGCAAGCACCACAAUCAAUGUUUGGCCCUGCUUUAUUGUUUUUCUCUUUGGUGCCUUUGAGCUGGGUCCUUCCUCCAUGCAGCUUUUCGGUCUUCUGUGUCCUGUCCAUGGAGUGGCCAGGAUGUCUAUCUUGGCCAGGUGGUCUUGCUUGCUCACAUGUUCCUGCAAGAAGUUCGGCCGUGUCAGGGCACCUCCGGCUGACUUUUGGAAAAUGCAGUACAGAGCUGGAAACAUCAUUAUUAUACUUUUCCUUUUGCUUGGUUCAUGAGAGACAGGAGGAAAAAAAAGUUGCCUUAUGUAACACACAGAAGUAGUGCAAAUUAUUUUGGGAUCCGUCAGAUUAAUCUAUAAUCAAGCAUAUGCGGGACAUCCUUAGCUCUUUCAUGCUGGGUGGUAUUUCUAAGAAGAAAAACAUCCCAGAGAUACGGAAAGUUAUUUUUCAUAUAGCUAAUGAGUAUUAAAUGUUUACUAUAUGCAAAGCGAUGCACUAAUUGUCCCAUCAACUCUUGACAUUUACCCUACCAUAAUCAGGACUGUGGUUAGCCUCAAUUUACAUAUGGGGAAAUGGAGCACAGAGAAUUUAAAUAACAGACCCAAUGGCAGAUAGCUGUUAAAAAGCAUAGUACAGGUCUGUCUGUCUCCACAGCAGUCUUUUAUCCAUUACACUUCAUCACCGCUGAUCUGUCAAAUGAGGAUAUUAAUUCCUAUUUCAUGGCAAUGAUGUGAGGAAUACAUGAGGUUUUGUGUGGAAACUAUAUAGCAUGGCAUAUUCUAGGAAGGUAGGUUGGCAGACUUAUUCUCUAAAGAGUGUUUUAGACUCUGCAGUCCGUAUAGUGUCUGUUGUAAGUAACCACUCCAUCAUGGGAGAGCAAACACAGACAAUCUUAAAUUAACUGUGUGAAGUAAACCAAUAAAACUUUAUUUACAAGCACAAUUUCUGGGCCAUACAUUGUGAAUCAUUUUUUACAAGGUCAAAAAAUGUAAACUUAUGACAUCAUCAGCAAGAUCAUUUUUUUGUAAACAACAGGGUCCUACAAGUACAAGGAACUAUAUCCAAUCUCCUGGGAUAGACUCUGAUAGAAAAUAAUAUUAAAAAAGAAUGCGUGUAUAUAUAUAUAUGGCUGAGUCACUUUGCUGUACAGCAGAAAUUGGCACAACGUUGUAAGUCAACCAUAAUUUUAAAAAUUUAAAAACUAAAGAAGAGUGGAUAAACAAAAGGGUCCCCCUGUAUAAAACAGGGAAUGGUAUUCAAUACCCUAUAGUAAGCCAUAAUGGAAAAGAAAAAAGGUUAUUUUUUUUAUUCCUAGUAUCUUCCCUUUCGAGCUGAAAAUCCUUCCCUCUAACCCAGGGACACUAUAAUACGGUGCUGCUCUUGGGACAUCUCUUCCAAUGUCUUUUUUUCUUUUUAGGUCCACACUUUCAGCAUAUGGAAGUUCCCAGGCUCGGGGUCGGAUCGGAGCUGUGGCUGACGGCCUACACCACAGCCACAGCAAUGUGGGAUCCAAGCUGUGUUUGUGACCUACACCAGAGCUCACAGCAACGCCAGAUCCUUAGCUCACUGAGUGAGGCCAGGGAUUGAACCUGUGUCCUCAAGGGUAAAUUCAAGCAGUAGAAAGCAAUGUUCCAACUGGAGGAUAAGCUAAAUGAAGACAGUCAACGCUGCCAUCUUCAAAGGCCUUUUUAAUUAGUGCCGACAAAAUGCAAAAAAAAUCAAGAAUAUGAUUGUUUACCAAGGCCAGUUAUAGCUCAUUAAACAUUAGUGUUUCCCGUUGUCCAAAUAUAUGUGUCAAAUUUCAGUUGUGAAUUAGAUGGCCAGAUGGACUUUUCCAAAGCUCCAUCUUAUGGAACAGCACAAAUUAGAAACACUACUUUCUAAUCCAAGAAGACUUUUCAGAACCAUGUGUACAGACUGAGUAUUUUAGUCCAGUCACCCCCACAGUGAUACUUCAGCAACUGAAGUAGGCCAUCUGAACUAGAAUAGGCCAUCUGGUCCACCUCCUUGCUUAAAGAAGGAAGUCUUUGUAGAGCAUUGCAGUAGACUCUUUGAGAAACUUUCUAAUCUCAUUUUACAGAUUUGGGCACCAAGACCCCAAGAGGGUUAGAGGGUAGUCCAUGAUUACACAGCUAGUCAGUGGCAGAACUGAAACUGGAUUCCAGUUCUCUUAAUUCCCAGGCAGGUGUUCUUCUCUCUCCUUGUUUUUAAUAAAAUAUACUUUACAUUCAGUAAAAUUUACCAUUUUUAGUGUACAGUUCUGCAGAUUUUAACAAGUACAUACAGUUGUAUAACCAUUACCCCAGUUGAGAUAUAAAAGUUCCAUAACUCAAAAAACUGCUGCUCCUGGCAUCCCCUUCUUCUCAAGACCUCUCCUUACCCCCAGUCUCUGGAAGUCACUGUGUUCUGUUCCUAUAGUUUUGCCCUUUCCAUAAUGUCAUAUAAAGGGAAGAGCUUCUUUCACUUGCUAUAAUGCAGAGACUUAUCAAAGCUGAGGGUGUGUGUCACUAGUUCCUUCACUUUGAUUGUUUAGUAUUGACUCGGGAUGGAUAUACCACAGUUUGUUUAUCCCUUCCCCAUUUGAAGGACAUCUGGGUUGUUUCCAAUUUUGGCAAAUGCUAAUAAAACUACUGAAAGCAUUCACAUACAGGUGUUUAUAUAAACGUCAGUUUUCAUUCAUUAGAUAAGUACUGAGAGGUGGGAUUGCUGGAUUGUAUCAUAAUUAUACAUUUAAUUUGAUAAGAAACUGCCAGACCAGUAUUCUUCUGAUUUUAAAAAAAUAGUAAUAAAAAGAAUAACGACAUUGGAGACUGGCUUUAGUACAUAUAAAAAUAUUGGAGGUUUUCUGAAAAUCAUUACACCAUUACAGAAGUCCUCCCUAGCAUUGCUUGGAGCCACCAUUAUUUUAAGAAGGCCCUGCUUCCCUGGGCAUAUCUAGUAAAUUGUCUCAAAGCAAGUUCAGGUUAAACAUGUCUACAGUGCACACAAUACAAAAAAUUAGCAUCUAUGUACAGGCAAUAGGUCAUGGUUUUCCCCAGUUGUCAUUGAGAAGUAAGUACUUCUUUUGUCUCUUUUCUGAGGAAGAAAGUCUAAUACUUCCAGCUCCUGGGAGAGAAAACAUGAGCCAAUCAUAUUCCCUUAUAUGCAUACAUGAGGUAUGUCUAAUAGCCCUUUCUAGUAUCUCUCAAAUCAUACUAUACACACAUCCAGGCUUCUCCAUAUGUGUUAUUCAGCUCUGUCACUGGUGUUAUAAAUCUGAUGCUCACACAUCAGUUCUCUUCCUGCUUGGCUCUUCUGCUUUGUCAUUGGAUAGCAGUCAGCUUUUCCUCCUUGGUGCUCCUCUAGUUCAUGGGCCUUGUAAUGACUCUCUCGGUUCCAUUCUCUUUCUAAUGGCUCUUCCUCAGGCUGGUAACACACCACCCUCCUCCGCCACUCCGCCAAUGUUCAUGCCCCUGGGGACAGGUUCUCCUGCCUCUUCUCAUCUUGCAUGCUUCCUGGAGGAUUGCACCCACUCCCGUUGCUUUAAUCACCCCCUACUUCAGAGUUACUCUCAAAUGCAUGUUAGGCCUCUAUGAAGCUUCAGUUCCUCACUUUAAUAUCCCUGUGAACCUCGAAUAUUCCACUGACAUCUCAAGUUAAAAAUAUCUAAAGUCAACUCCAUCGUCUUAUUCACACCUCCCCACCCUCUUCUUCUCUCUGUGUUUCCUCUCAAGGUUAUUAAUGCUUGAUGCAUUCCAUCACCUAGCAAAGAAGGUUCAGAGUCACCUGUGAUUACUUCUUUCCACUCCCCACUUACAUGUCAUCAGUGACCAAAUCCUUUGAAAUCUGCUUGUAAAAUGGCUUUCCAGUCUUUCCCUGCCUCAUCCACACCCUUGCUGCUGUGUUAAAUUAUCCCUCUCUGGCUCUUUCCCAAGCCAUUAGAAUAACCUACUAGUUAUUCUUUGAUCUCUAGUCUCUGCCCUGCCCCAUUCAUUCUCCUUUUAAUUAACUUCCUACUCCUGCUGCCAGAGUUAAUUUAAAUAUAUUUCUGAUGACCUUUUUUCCUCCUUAAAACAUUUGAUGGCUCCCAGUUGCCUACAGAAUAAUUCUUUAGCAUUCCAUAGGAAGCCAUUUGAAAGCAAUUCAUAGGUGUAUUAACUUUGGGCAAGUUACUUGUCAGAGAUUAAGAUUCGCUAGUUGUAAAAAUGGGGGUAGGAUCCAUUUCACAGGGUUGUUGUCCGUGGUGUAAUAAUACUCAUGAAAAGACCAAGGCAUAAGGAGAUAUCACCUCUUCUGAGAAGCCGUGCCCAUCUCUCAGGCAGAAGCAGUCAUUCUCUCUUCUUUAUCACUAAGCACUUUGUUCACACUAAUUAUCUAUUCUUUACACAGUAUCCAUUGAUUAUCUAUUUGUUCUCCCAGCCAAUGAGCAAUAGGCUCUGUGUUAGGUACUAGGGAUAAAAAGGAGCAUCCAGAAGUUCCCACUGUGGUGCAGUGGCUUAAGACUCCAACUGCAGCAGCUCAGGUCACUGCAGAGGCAUGGGUUUGAUCCCCAGCCCCUUACAGUGGGCUAAAGGAUCCAGUAUUGCCGCAGCUGCGGCAUAGGUUGCACCUAUGGCUCAGAUUCAGUCCCUGGCCCAGGAGCUUCCAUACUUCCUUAUACCAUGGGUGCAGCCAUGAAAAAUUAAAAAAAAAAAAAAAAAAAAAAAAGGAUCACCCAGUCUAGCAGUGAGGAAAGGACAUGUAUGCCAUUGUAGAGAUACAGAGAUGCAUAGUGACAGCAUAGAACUAGAACUUAAACUCAUCUGGGAAUUGGGGAUGGGAGAGGGAUAAAGGAAGAUUUGCUGAAGGUGUAGUUCACAGACUAGAUCUUAAAAGGAUAAAAGUUUUAACAGAUGGACAUGGGUUGGCUUGAAGCAGGAGCAGCUGCUUGUCUAAGGGCAUGGUGACCUGGUGUCUCUUUUGUCUCCCCUGCAGAACAUGGCAACCUCAGUGUCCUCUGACUUUGCUGGGGUUUCCUGCCUCCUAGCACAGUGUCUACAGAAAGUGGAUCCUCUGUUUAUUGUUGCUGAUUUAAGUGUAAUUGUUGCCCUGUUCUCUUAUUUACCAGCUCUAUUUCAUAUUCAGUGGCAUCUCAAAACAGUGAAUGCAAUAUCCUUUUUUUAAGGGAUUUGUAAUGAACGAGAAUAGCUACAAAGCCACUUUGCAUUAUCCAUGAGCAAAUUGCCCAGAAUCUUUUAUUUGUUUGUGAUUUUUUUAUAUUGACCUGACUGGUAAAGAUGACCGCAGUGGCUCUUAAAUGUAUAUACCUUUGUCAAGGGCUCUUAAAUGUAUAUGCUACUCCACCUACCUUGAGUUGUUUUGCUUAAUAUUUUCUAGACUUCAGUGUUCUCCUGAGUGACACUGUCAACUGAGUGUAGAAUGAAGCUUUUCUCCUAAAACCCAGUUAAUUGCCCCAGGGGUCACGGUGGAUGAGGAUGUUGAAUGAAUCAUUUUAUAGGAUUGUGAGCAGAUGAUUCCUCUGGCAUCAGGGUCUUUCAUUACCACUUUUUCAGUUGGUGUUAUUUGAUUAUUCCCUACCAACCACACAUCCCUUCCCAGCUGCCUCCAGGACAGCACUUCUUCAACCCACUACCUUCUCAAGCUUUCCCCCAAUGCAUUUAAAUGUCUUCAUACCCUAUUGCACAAAUAUUUCUAAUUUUAUCAGGUCUUUGAGCCUUAAGAGAAAUCCUCAUUGGUAUAAGCUUCAUAUGUAGAGAUCUAAGCACAGACUUCUUUGCAGAUUAUUAAGAAGCUCACCUGUCAGGCAGUUCAGCAGUAGGGUUGGAAUUGUCACAGAUACACCCUAGCUAGUGUCCACUCCUAUUCCAUUUUCAUCCUGGGCAAGUUCAUUCAAGAAAGUGUUUUAUCUGUACUGAGGCUUGCAGUGGACUCUUGCUCCUUAUCUGUUGCAGUCUUCAUGGUAGAAAAAUACCUGCUCGUUCCAGUGCCCUGAUGGUCCCUCUCACUGCAGUAUGGUAGAUGUGUUCACACAUCUUUCUAGCUUGGGCACUGCUCUAUCAGGAAUUACCAUUGUCAUUACUUCCUCACAACCCAAUGUUCUAAGGCAUUUUUUGCAUGGUGAAGAGCAAUCAUUAGGGAACCCCAGAGACUCCAAAUGCUUCAUGUCUGCCUUGGCAGGAAUCACCAACCUCAUUUUUUUUUUAAACUAUUGACACUUUACAUUAAAUGUUUGUUCUAAAUGAAAUUAAAAAUACAUUUGCUGUCUCUGAUUUGGACAAUUCAAGAUGGCCAUGAGAUUGCAUUGUUAUGUCAUCUUGUGCUCUGACUAUGGAUUUGGAGAAUUUCGAAUGACUGAUAUUGCAUUGGAGAAAGAUGACAUCUAGGUUUUCCAGCACUGACAUGGGUUCGUUUCUUUGAGGUAAGUCUAGAUGCUACCAUCUGGGCUCUAUGAUGUUCAAAUCUCCUGCGGGCUUUUAGAAAGGUAAUUGCAGUAGGACAAUGGCAUGUGGAGCCGAUGAGAGAAAAUCAAAUCCAUUUUCAAGGAUGCUCUGAGCUGUUUUGGCUUUUCUAAGAAGAAAUAGGGAAAUAUGCCUUCUAUGGGCUUGAGAACUUGUCCGUGCUGUUGUAUAUGAUCUACUUUCUCUGUAGCUUUUUUCUUUAGGGCAACCAAUCCUCAGUGCCUGGCGUAAGGCUCUAGACAGGGUAGAUGUUCAAGGUUCUUCUCUCAUCCAAGUUUCUCCGGGCCAAUUCCAGAAGGCACCACAUGCACCACUGUACUGUCGAUGGCCCAGCCUUGUGCCCCAGCCAAGAAUUAAAAUCUUCUGUCCCCUGAAAGAACCCCUCCAUUCUUAGUAUCCCUUUUUGUUUGUUUAUCCCUUUAUAGUAGAAUUUGCACCAUCCACUAGUAAUUCAUCUUUAAAAAGUUUACUGCGAUCCUACUACAGAUGGACCCAGCACGAUAUGCUCUGUGUUAGGGAUACAGGGAGGUAUAUGCCUAUCCAUGACUGUGAAGUCAAAGAGACAGGAGGAGUAACACAGGUAAAUGUAGAAUUCUAGGAUCCAGGAGGAAGGGCAUCUGAUUUAAAAGGAAUGUAUCAGGAAGAUUUCCAAGAGAAAGUGACCUCUGAACUGAGCCAGGUGUUACAGUGUGUUUCUCUUGAAUCAUCAAGCAAAUGUAAAACUGCCAAGGUGAUAAGAGCCUUGGAGAGGCACACCUUGCCCUAAAAGCAGGUUUACUAACAAAUCGUGGAUUUACUACUGGGUGCCUGCUAUGUGUCAGCCUUUUUACUGGGUGUUGGGGGAACUCACCAAGCUAGAUGGACACAGUUGUCACCAACAUGGAUUUUAUGAUUUAAUGGGGAAGGUACUCAUCAAAGAGUCGUUAACAUGACAAGUGAUGUGAAAGGGGAUGUUUGUUAUGCCUGGGAGUGAGUCAGCAGAGGGAAUUCCCUGAUUCUGAAGGAUCAGGAAAAGCCUCCCUCAGGAAGCUGAGAUCUGAAAGAGGAAGAAGCAUUACCCAGGGCAAGUGGGACUUCAGAAGAUGUCCCUUGGGAGGGAACAGCCUGUGGUGAGGUCGGGGUAGAAGAGGAAGCUUGGUGCGUUCUGGCGACAAGAAGAAGGCUAGCUUGAUGAGAGAGCAGGGAGUAAGAAGGGAGGCAAGCCAGCUGGAGGUGAGGCUAGAAAGGGACCCAGGGGUGAUGCGAAUGCUCUGUCUGUUGGGUGAAGGGAUGGCGAGACCGUGGGGAGACCCUGAAGGGUACGGGGCCAGAGCCAUCCUGGUCAGAUUUGUGUGUCCGAAGAAGAGACGAUGCCCUGGAGAAGGACAAGACAGGGGGCUGGACACCCAGCAGGAGGCUGCAACAUUGACCCGUGCAGGAGAUGACAGCAGCCUGAAUGAGGAUGGUCGGAAGUGGGGGUGGGGGAGUGAACUCAAGAGACAAGGCAGCCUGGGGCGGUUGACAGAGAAACAGCCAACGAGGGGAUCAUCAGGCAUCAGCCUUCCCUUCUCUGCACCACGGUCCCCUCCCCAGGUCCAUGGCCUCCCUGCCAUGGGCUUGCUUCUUCAAAAUGUAGAUUUCUGGACCCUACCCUGGAACUGUCAGGUUGGGCUCUCCAGCCUAGGCAGCAGCAUUUUUCACAGCUUCAUCCCCAGGUGACACUCACUCAUGAGAGCUUGAGGGCCACCGCCCAGCACAGUGUAGAUUCAGCCCACACAGUCCACCAGCACUCAGCCCUCUGGAGCAUCAGAGUAAAACCCCCGUUGGGUUUAGCGAGCUUGUUUAUCAUAACUCAGAGGGAGGCGUCAGCCCUUGGAGUGCAUGAGGGUGUCUCACCUUAAAGCCCAGAUGCAAUGGAGCCCCUCUAACACGCUCACCUGUCCUGGCAGGUAGCAUCCCUGAGACCUAAGGACGUGGCCCUUUCUCCACAGUUCUCAGGAGACACCACCACUGGCAUCCCUCAUCGCCUCCCUGCAGACAAAAUAGAAAGCCCUCUUGGGCGGUCCCACAGGGCCAUGGAGAAAGUACAUUACACGGAGCCUCCACCAUUGCCUCUGCGAGGCAGGUAUCAGGGCAGAGCUGCCAUGGUGGGACCUCCUGUUAAGCUAGAAGAGGGGAAGAGAGAAAGAGUACUCGCCUCAGCUCCACGGAGAGCAGUUUAGGUAUUCAUAACUGAAACCGUGGUGGUUUCGGAGUUUGGCUGACAUUUUCAAAAUCAUUAAUACUGAACGUUAGCAUUAGAUACUAUUUUAUUUCUGUACAAAGGCACAGAUUACCAGUGUAUCACAGAGGGGAGGUCAGGAGCUAGCAUUGAUUGUGCGCCUGUUGGCACAUUUGGCAUGUUAAAUUCCAUAUUUAGGCCAUACGAUAAUUUUGCAGGGUAGAUCACAGGAACCCUGUUCCACAGGUAAAGAAACAGGCCUGGAGAGCUGCAGUGGGACACAGUUUAAAAGUGGGUAUAUAGGAGUUCCCGCUGCAGUGUAGCAGGUUAAGGAUCCAGCAUUGUCUCUACAGCAGCUUGGGUUGCUGUUGAGGCAUUGGGUUCAAUCCCUGGCCCAGGCAUAGUGGGUUAAAGA